AUGACUGCUACUACUAUAGGUGACGAAGAAUCAUCUUCUUUGGAUACAACUACAACUACAACAAAUAAUUCUACAUCUACACCACUGUCAGGAAGACGAAGAGCAACUGUCAGCAACAACUCUAAAGACUUUGUAUAUUUUAACGAAAAGGGUAGUAAAAAGGAUACACCCGAGAAGAAGAGAAAGACUACAGAGAAUGGUGGUGAUGACGACCAACAACAACAGGGUGAUGAAGAUGUAGAGGUUGACACACCUGUAAAGCGUAUCAAGUCUGAAAAGACAUCUACACCUUCAAGUAGUAAACGCAAGACUAAAGAUACAGCAGCAGCAGCAGCAGAUAAAGAUACAACAACAGAAACAAAUGGAACAGAUAGUAAUGGUGGUGACUCGAGUGUUACAACUACAGUACACAAACCACUCAAACUUACUAUUAGACUUGGAAACGAUAAGAAAUCGGCUACUUUAACAUCACCACCAACAGGUGCUGCAGAGACUACUGACAACGCAGCAAACGACAAAAAGUCACCAAUGUCAAAGAAGAAAAAGGGAGGAGAUGACAACAGUGCAUCGGCAGCAGCAGCAUCGGCAGCAACAACAACAACAACAACAACAACAGAGACAGUGACACCAAGCAAGUUGUCAGUCAAGAUCAAAAAGGAUCAGUUGAUGCCCGCACAGCCACACGUCAGCGGGUUUCCAGCGGCACCCGACGUGCGCGGCGAACAAAUGGCCACGAUGAAAAAGAUAUUCACCGAGCUACUCAAUCAACUCGUUAAAAAGGACGCUGGUGGCAUCUUUUACUACUCGGUCACCGAGGAUAUUGCUCCCAACUACUUUACACACAUUAAAGAGCCCAUGGCAUUUGAGGUCAUGAAGAAUGGCAUCAAGGCGGGCAAGUACAAGUCGGUCGAGCAGUUCCUCUACGAUUUCUCAUUGAUUUGCGAGAAUUGUAUGAAGUAUAAUCAACCAGACUCGUUCUACUUUAAAGAAGCUAAACGUAUACUAGGUGUUGGUCGUGCACUCAUCCUUUCGUAUUCGUCCAAGUUGCAUCCUGAUAGAUCGGCUGAUGAGAUUAGCCACGCUGGUACACCGGUUGGAAAGGGGUCGUCGUCGUCGUCGGGUGGCCAUUUACAGGGUCCCGUAGUGUCUACACCAUCGGCAUCGACUUUGCGUGAGCAGUCGCGUCGUGCUCGUGGCGACUCUGUCCCUGCGACACCACCACCUUCUAGCUCGCGUAGUAGUAGAGCACCCCCCACACCAGUGGUACGUGAAGAGCCGCCUGCCAUUGCCAUCUCGGCACCCAAGCAGAUCGCGCUUACCCGUACCAAGAGCAAGCCCGGCGUCACCACCGCACCCGUCGGCGCAGCUCCUCCUACCCCCGGCCGCCCCUUCUCCUCUGCCCCCGCCACCACCAUGCUGCCCCCCACCCGUACAGGCACCACCCUUGCCAACUACCCCACCACCUCUAUCCCCGGCCAACUCCUCCAGCAAGUCACUCAGCAGCAACAACAACUCCAACAAGCUCAGCAACAAGCUCAACAACAACAACAACAACAACAACAACAACUACUCCAACAACAACAUUUCCUUCAACAACAACAACAACAACUUAUCUCGCAAUCAUCUAUAUUGUCAUUGUUGGGAGACCAACCAUACUCGGUCAAUGUAUCACUUCCCAAACGUAAAUAUGUUAAAUUGGGAGCAGUUGGUGAGGUCAAUGCCAAGUCACAGUCGAUUCCAAAUGUACUUAAACCAUCGUAUUCGCUGACCAAAUCGAUUGCCGAGGGCAGCAACAUUAUGAUCACGCCAUUCAAUCAGGCCGGACCACACGAGUACACAAUGUACGUCCCUCGCUCUGAUCCCGACCAAGGCAGCUUUGAUUUGGUCGAUCUCAACCCCACCCCAAAGUUCCUUGAAAGUGUAACAAACUAUCAACAACGAAGAUAUGAAAUGGCUCAAAGACAAUACCAAGAUCAACUCAUCAGACAACAACAAUUAUAUCUACAUCAAAUGCAACAACAACAAAGACAACAACAACAACAACAACAAAAACAAGAAGAGGAAGAAGAUGAAAGUGAAGAAGAUGAAGAAGAUGAAGAGGAGGAAGAAGAUGAAGAGGAAGAAGAUGAAGAGGAAGAAGAAGAAGAAGAGGGAGAAGAUGAAGCGGAAAAGGAAACUACUACAGGUGAUCAAAUAAUGACAGAAGCCGUUGAAACAACUACAACUACUACAACUACUACAACCACUACAGCAGGUCAAGAAUUAAUGGUUAUUGAACCAAUUACAUCAGUUGUACAACCAUCACAACCACCACAACCACAACAACCUCCACCACAAAUACAACAACAACAACAACCACCACCACCACCUCAAUUACUACCAUAUGAACAAUACAAGGUUAGUCAAGAGACUAGAGAAAGAUUAAUAGAAGAAUAUGGUAAUGUUGAAAGACCAAUUAAAUUGAAUGGAUUGUCCAACUAUCUUUAUAUCAAGGUCAAGAGUAAUCGUUAUCAAAUGCAACAACAACUCUUGCAACAACAACAAAAGAACAAGUUGGCAGAACAAGUCAAAUAUCUCAGACAGUUUGUUAGAUCGGCACCAAAGGACUCACUCGACUAUUUGAACAAGCAAAUGAGUAAUUUGGUCAACAAGGGCAAACUCGAAGAGGACAAUCUUUUAAAGACCUACGUAGAAAACCAAAACAACAGAGAUGUAUUGACACUUAUCAAACAAGGGACUGAUGAUAUUUUGGCAUCUGAUCAUCAACCAACCAUAGAGGAAAUUGAAAAGAUUAAAUCUUCAACUCAAAAUCUCUUUAAAUCUCUCAACCUUGAUCCAUCCAUUCUUCAAUCAAUAGAAAUUAAACCACCUCAAUCUCCAGCAACAGCAACAGUAGUCAACAACAGUAAUAGUAAUAGUAUUGUUAACAACAUAUCAAAUGAUAAAGAAAAGGAAACAACAACAACAACAACCUCUGAUGUUGUUGUUCCUCCUUCAUCAUCAUCAUUAUCUGAAUCAUCAAACUCUGUAGCAACCAAAUUGGCACAACAAUUGUUGGAUGAAAACUUUGAAGAAUUAUGUAAAUUGCAACUAUCACAAUACAGUAGAAACAUUCCAACACCUUCGGCCACCGAACUACAAUUGGCAUCAACCUUGCACGAUAAUAUUGGAAAGUUGGGUGUACAACUUCCUCCCUCUGCUUACAUUAAAUCACGUGAAUCUAUUAGAAUGGCAAUUGCCAAGAGUGGACUCUCUGUUGGUUCAAAUCGUCAACCACGUUCAAAUUUUAGACAAUCAAAAAAAGAUAAUCAAAAUAAUAAUAAUAACAAUGUCACUACUCAAUCAACAACUGCCACUACUACAACUACAGCUACAUCUCCAACACCAAACAAUGUUAUUGUAGAACAAGAUGUCCAAUAA